AUGGCAAGAACGGGGCUGAUCUAUAUGGCCGGCGCGCUGUCGACCAUCUUCACGCUGCUGUCGACGGUGGCCAACGGCGCGUUCGCAACGGGCAUCAGCCGAGAGCUGUCGGGCCUGGGCGCCUUCCAGGUGGUGAGCGUGACGGGCUGCGCGCUCAGCUGCGUGCUGCAGGGCUUCCUGGUCUUCUUUCUGCGGCGGCGGCUCAACCGACACGUCCACGUGGCGAAGCAGCAGGAGCGGCGGGCGUUGAUCGCGGUGGCGGUCGUGCUGGGCCUGGAUGUCGCCGUGGUGGCCAUGGCCAUCCGCUGGAGCUCGACGCGCAUCGGCGAGAUCUCGUCCGGCGAAACGCGCGGCGAUGUCCGCCUGCUGUUCGCGCUGUGGUGCACGCUCUGGGCCAUCGCCGUGGUGUUCCAAGUCACCUGCUUCGGCGUGCUGGUGGUCUGGGGACGAGAAGACGACGCGGCGAGGCGCCGCCGCCGCCGGUCGACAGUGCCGGCGAAACACAGACACACGAAACGACUCGAUCAUGACGAGGACGACGAGGAGAACCGGAUCCUCGGCUCCAUCGAACAAGCCCGGUCGACGCAGCAGGGCCCCGGCGACGAGCCGCCGGAAAAACCGCGCUCGCGUGCAUCGUCGAUGUCGCAGCUGAAGAUCUCAUAUUUCCUGCGCGACCUCGCCGGCGAACAGGAGCCGCCGGCCGACCACCAGCACCACCAGCAGCCGGGGGCGCGCAAAUCGUCGUCGGACUCGCAGCGGUGGGAGCGCGGGUUCUCGCGGCGCGUGCCCGAGCUGCACGACGAGCUGCAGAAGAUCAACCUGCACGCCAGCGCAUCGACAGCCACCCUGAGUACGUACAUGCACGGCAGCAGCAGCCGCAGCGUGCGGCGGCACGACGCACUGUACCCUGCGCCGCUCUCGGGCUCGCGCUCACCCUCACGCGGCGCCGCCGGAUCGUGCCGCCACAGCACGAUGCGAGGCACGCCAUCGCCGGCGUUCAGCGGGCGCAAGGACGACAAGGUGAAGGAGGAGGAGGAGGAGGAGGAGCCGGUGGUGGAGGCGGCAACGGCGGAGAAUAUCCACCCGCUAUUCCGCAGCAGCACGCUUUCGAUCCCGGGGGUGUCGCCAGGCACGACGGUCACGGCGUCGCCGUUUGCGGGGCAGACGAUCUCGAUGCACACGUUGCAGCAGAUUCGGUCGCGAGGGCGGCCGCGGUCACAGAGCCUGGGUGUGCAUUACAAGCGGCAGCAGGAAGAGGAGAAGGAGGAGGAGAAGGAGAGAGCGGGCUGUGAGACGGCAGGCGGGUCAUCACGCUAUCCGUCGGGCGCGGAGGCUGUGGAGGAGAAGAGCAGCAGCAGCAGCCGCAGCCGCAACAGCGGCAGUGGUGGUGGUGGUGGGGGAGGCGGGCGACGGAAGAGCCAGAUGAGCGUCGGGCGGCGGGGGAGCUCGCUGCCUCCGUGCCGGUGA